AUGGGGUUCGUAAAGGCCGAGGAAUUCAUAAAUCACUACAUGCGCGUGAACAGAGAAAUCAAGGAGCUGUCCAGUCGAAAGAAUGAGGAGUUCAAGUUUAACAUUUUUAUUUUCUACUACAAUGAUAUAGACUCCAUUUGCACAGAGCAUAUUUUACACUUUCACAAAAAUGUAAAAAGGGACAUAAAUAUAUACAGUUAUGGGGUUGAAAAGAAGGAGGACCUACUGAACUUUUGCAAAAAGUACGAAGAUGUUUACUCUAAAAAUAGGGACUACUAUCGUGACUACUUCUAUGAGGUAAUACUCAUUGGGAUGUGUUCGCAUAUGAACACAGAUGGAGAUGUGUACACCCUGGUGGAAAAUUAUUUUACAAAUAUUAUGAACAAGAAUUACGUAGGGUAUUUGAAAUUUUUCGUUAUCGAUAAUAGGAGACCCUACCAUGAGAUUUUUGAGACAAGUGAUAAGUGGGACUUGGUGGUGAGUGAAGGGGAAAUGGUGGACGUGAUGAACAUAUAUAGUGGUGUCACCGCGGGGGAGGACGCAACAAAUAAAGGUGCAACGAACAAAGAUGGAACGGACAAGGGGGUAGCAUCUAGAGAAAGGAACGACGCGGUCAGAGCAAAAGGGAAGAAAAACGCGCAACAGAAGCUGCAAAGUUACUACAACCUUGUGAAGGAAGAAAACAAGUGCAUGUGUCUGAUGAUUUACCCAUUCAUUCAAUGCGUGAGCGAAGACGACUCUUCCGCAAUCAUAUUCAUUUCUAGCGUGUCCCUAAUUUCCUACCUAAAAACGGACGCAAUAACAUAUGAAUAUUACAACAAGGAAAUAAAAAACUUGCACAACGAUUCGAUGAAUAUAUCCAGUGGACACUUCAUCUCGUUCGAUCGAGAGAGAGGGCUGCUACCCAUGUUAUCCUUCAUGUCACUAAACGAAUCGCUAGAAAUUGAUGAACGCAUAUACAUCUACGACCACAAGAAUGUUAAGAACACGUUUAACAAAAUCAGAACCAUGUGUCAUAUAGAGAUAAAAGAAUUCACGGGAAAUUUCAGACAACUGGAUUUAAAAAAACAGAAUGAAAUUCUAAUAAAGCUAAAAAACUUUAUAAAAAUUAUAAAACCAAUGAAUAGUCUCGCUUGGAAAAGGAGAACCUACGUCCUCUACAACAGUGACUCCUUCUACUUUUUGAUCGUCCUUAUCUACAUCUACAUUAACAGAGUCAAAAAAAUGGAUUCAUAUUUGUAUAACUGUUUAAAGACUUCCGAUUUUCUCUUCAACAUUUUUAAGGACCGACUGAAACAGUCGGAAAUUUACGACAAACUUAUUGAAAAGCAUCUACAUAAAAACGCAGCUAGCUAUUUAAGUGUCCUAAUUAAAAAAAUUAUGGAGAGUAAUAAAAAAAGUAUCACCAUCACAUCUAAGAUAAAAAUUUUUAUGGACAUUUUUCAAACUGCUAAAAAUUCCUAUACUCAUCCAUUUGAGCUGAAAUUUCUUUCUAACAUGUUUUCCUCAUUUCAGUCCUACUGCAAUGAUAAGUAUAAGACGUACCACCUGGUCGUUUGUCACAUUAACGACUCGGAUGAUACGCUUCUAUAUGGGUUUACUCCCCUAAAUAAGAGGGACUAUUGGCCUUCCGUUUUUUCUAAAAUUGCCUAUAGCAAUUCGGAGCAAAUUACCUACGACACGGUGGCCGACGUGAACACUCUGCGAAUUCGCAAAAACGAUUUUAAGUUUAUUCUCAGCGAAAUCAAGGACGUCUUCCGGGGGGUUCUGCGGUACGAACACAGGCGGGAGCUGGAGGAGUCAGACAGCACCGACGCAGAGGAGGAAGAGGAAGUUGACGAAGAAGAGGAACCAGUGGAGGAAAAUAUCCUGGAGGAAGAGGAAGAGGACGAGGCAACGGAAGAGGUGUACGAUGCAGACGUGACCGAUGACGCAAACGAAACGGAGCAGUGA